GGUCUAAUGUACUAUGAUCCAGAAUUCUACACUUAUCUAAAACUUCAUAUGGCCGACGAUUUACUAUUUUGCUACAGAUGGUUGCUUCUGGAAAUGAAACGUGAGUUUCCGUUUGAUCUGGCGAUGAAAGCUCUAGAGGUCACGUGGUCUUCUCUACCUCCUGCAACAGCUGAUACGAGGAUUGAAUUAUGGGAGACAAAGUUCAGUCCUAAGAUGUCACCAAGUUCAACUGAUCUGAGUAAACCUUGCCAAACACCCUACGGAAAGGUGGCAGCUACUAUAAGGAAGCAGAGUGUUGACCGACAACUAUCAGAUAAUACCGAUGUCAAAUCUUCAGAGGCAAAGAAGGGUCUGGAUCCAAGAGGAAGAGUAAGAUCUGCAAACCUGGAUUCAGAUUCACCAAGAACAAUAGUCAACAAGUCAAAAAGCUCAGCAAAUUUCAAUCUGAAGCGAAGUGGAUUCUCAUCUGGGGGUAAAAAGAAUAGCAUAGAAGAUGGAAAAAGUACUCCAGAGAAAAAAUCUUCCGUUGAAAGUAAGCGACUUGAGAAGAAUAUUAAUGAGGAAAUUACAAAGGUUCUUGAUAAACAAGGAGCUGGAGAUGUUGCAGAAGAAGCUGUGGAAAAUGAUGCUUUGACCUCUGGAAAACGUGUAACCAAUCUGAAGGAUUUUUACAGCUUAACCAAACCUGAAACAAAGAAAGAAGAAUCUGAAAAGAAGUAUGAAACUCCUGUUAAAAGAAAAGUUGAAUCUCGAGAUGAUGAUAACAAACUACCCACUUGCUCUUUAGAAUCUACUCGGCCUCAAUCUACUGAACCUUCUUCAACAGAAUCUAGACAUGGGGAAGAUCCUUUUGAUUUUGUUGGAUACAGUCAGGCGAACAAUGCACUAACAAUUUUCUGCAAUCGUCUUCCUCCCCCCACGCAGUUUGGACAUGGGAAUCCAUUCCUUAUGUUUCUCUGUCUAUCAAGUCUUCUCCAGCACCGAGAUCACAUUAUGCGGAAUGAACUGGACUAUCAAGAUAUUGCAAUGUUUUUUGAUAAAAUGGUUCGAGGACAUGAUGUGGACAGAGUACUGUGUACUGCAAGGAGAAUGUUUGCAGAGUAUUUGAAUGAAGAUUGGUCACCUUCUCCCCAACCUACUGUUUCUUCGCAGGUGCCCAACUGCUAACUGAUUUUCUGAACUAGAGGUCAGAACUAUUGGGUUGUUCAGAGGAUUAAGCUAUUAUCCGGAGUGAACCAAUUCCUAGCAAUUAGGAAAACUAAAUUGAGGGAUUAAGCAACUAUCCCUUAAAUUCAAGAGUUUCAACUGUGGAAAACGAGAUCGCGGCGACAGGCGUAGUAGAUUAGCGCGCUAUUUCCUUCAAAAAUUUUGACCUCAGGGCAAACUGAAAAAUUCGAGGUAGUUCGUAAUUGUUGUGGUUUAUUAAAUAGCUUUCAGCAAUAAAUAGUAUUUGUUUGAUUUAGCGAUGCAACAGCGAAACUUCAAAUACAUAUAAAAUAUAAAACCAUAAAUUGUAAAACAACUUUUUUAGAAAAUGUGGUCAGAACUUUCGAAAAGUUGUUCUUAACUUUCUGAAAACUUAAUUCAAACCCCCCAUAUAAUCUUAACUGCACAUUUUGUAUCGUAUUUUUUGGGUUUUUUUUCAUCAUAAAUAUUUGAACCGUUUUUGUCGACAUAUAUCCAGAUUUCUUGCCUUGUAAAGUUAUAAUUUAUUGAAAUCAAAAAUUAUUUUAUUUAACUGUUUUAUUUAAUACUAGUUCAAACUUAUGAAAUGCUUGGUUACCCACAAAUGAUGAAACUUAAUGACGUCUUGACUCUUGCUACUCUGUUUAUAAUAUUAUUUGAAAUUUGAACUUUUCAUAUAACUUUAAUUUAAUGUUUUGCGAGCCAUAAAUGUAAAAAUAAAGACUAUGCAUGCGUAAUUUCAAGUGACCCUCUAUGUACAGAGGGGAAUGUCCGAUUGGAAACGGUACCAAUAAUGUAACGUCGUUUUAUGCUUGAAAAGCGUUUAAUUCUUUUAAUUUCUCCCUUAUUUCUGAGGCAAGAAAUGCAAUUUCACAGAGAAUCAAAAAAUGGAUAUCCAAUUCCUCCUUGAUCAUUCUAAGCUUGGAUGGGUACCGUUGUAAAUCGCACAUCCCACUUUUUUCAAUUAAGAUUUGAGGGUACUGCCCCUUUAUUAGAUUGUGCAAUGUUGUCUCAAGUCUCAUCCUUUGUUGGUCAAAACCGCAGCUAGUUUUUUUUAUUCAUUGAAUUUAUCAAACUUUUUCUUCCUAAUAUUCAGCUUAAAUCUGUGCGUACAGUGGUCGUGACAUGAAAAAUGUUCAAAGUUAAAUAACGCCUUUUGGAUCAAAAUCUUGUUCUUGAUUUGCAGUAUUAUCUAGUCACUGUUACUAUUUUAAAAUCUCCCAAAUGAUCAAGGAAAUCUCGAAGACGACAUUCUUGAAAUAUCGUUUUUCUGAAUGUAAUAGGAAAAUAUUCAUUUUAUUCUAAGUUACCAAAAUACAACAUUUAUUGAUAUGUUUUGUAAAAUUA